GUUUGGGGGUUUAUGUGUUCGUUUUGUCUCUUUCUGAACGUGAAAUGACUUCACUAAGCAUAACUGUCUGCUAAGUGGGCUAUUCCUUUUUCCCUGUUUUUCUGUAGGCUAUGUCUACACUACAGACCUUAGAGUGGCACAGUUGUACGGCAGUUGCUGCACCGCUGUAAGGUCUCCCAUGUAGCCACUCUAUGCAAGCGGGAGAGAGUCUCCUGUCGGCAUAAUUAAACCACCCCCAAUGAGUGUUGGUAACUAAGGUGGCGGGAGAGAAUCUCCCACCAACAUAGCGCUGUCCACACUGGCGCUUUUGUCGGUGAAACUAUGUCGGUCAGGGGUAUGUUUUUUCACACCCCUGACCGACAAAAGCGUUCGUUUAGACAUAACCUUAGUUACAGAAGUUGCCUGUUCCAUCCCUUCAUCUUCUGUUGUGUGCUAAGUAACUCUUGUUUCUUUUCUUAAUUUAAUUCAUCUUGUUGGUUUCCUGGGCUGAGACUAAGUUUGAGAUUUUUUAGAAAAUUCUUAGAAAAGAAAAACAAAUGUAUUAGCCUUGAUGCGUGGACUCCUCAUAUGCUUAAAAUUAAGCACAUGCAUAAAUCUUUGCAGUAUUGGAGCCUUAGAAUGGAAUGGCCUUCGUGACCUUCACUCUGGUAUUCCUAGUUAAUAAUUUAACUCCAAAGUAUACAAGUAUACAUAAAUUGACUGUAAUUAUAGUUUCAAAUUCUGAUGACCUGAAUAGAUAAUUUGAGCUGUGAUCUCUUCAUUUAAACCUGUAUGCUCCUGAGACUAAACAACAUGUUUUAGUACCAGUUGUUUAUUUGCAGAUACCCAGUGACCAAUGUUUCAAAGUUCAAACAAUAUCAGCAAAAUCAGAAAGAGUUAAAGUAGUUUUAAUUCUUUGUUUUCAGUGUCAGUGGACACUAAAAAGAAAAAAUAUAUAUGCUACUUGGUGUUUUAGGUUAAAUCAUUUUAAUUUAACUAGCCCAACAGACUCUUCAAUAAGUACAUGGAACAAAAUGCCACAAAGCAGCAAUGCUCCAUAUUGACUCUAACUAAACAAAAAUGAAUUACCGGUAAUAAUUUAUUUGACAAGGAAGAAGAAAUGGAAUUAAUAAGACAUGUGCACAUUACUUUGCUUGCAUGGUUUCUCCCACCUUUUAUCUUUUGUCUUUUUAAAAAAGAAUGCUCCUCAGGACAGAUAAUACCUUCUGAUGCAUUUGUACUCUCCCUAGCAUAAUGGGACUCUGAUCCUCACUGGAUUUUUGAGCAUCACCGCAAUGUAAACUGUAGUAGUAUGGAUUUGUCAGCACUUCUGGAAGUGUCACCCUUUACAUUACAGUAUACCAUGGCCAGCAUUUCAGAUGGGCCAAGUCAGGACCAAUAAUGAGUAAUGUUUGUUAGUGAUAAUGAUAUCACACUGAGAUGAUGAGAGAUGAUGAGAUGAUUUCAUAACUUUUGUUAGCACAAGAUGGAACAUUAAAACUGGUAUUUGCUGGCUGUAGGCUAUUUACCUUUGCAGUUUCUACUUAUUUCUUCUUCUUCUUCUUUUUUUUUAAUGUUCUAGGGUCUUUCCAUAACAUUGGCAACAAAUACCAUAGGGCCCCUAGUGAUGGCUAAAUAUUUUGCCCCUCUGUUGCGGAAAGGAACUGGAGCAUUUGGACAUCAGUUUGCUGACCAGGCCAAACAGCAUAGGGCCAUACUGGUGAACCUGACAGCUAAAGUAGGCUCCAUAGGAGACAAUGCCUUAGGUGGAUGGUAUAGCUACAGGAUGUCUAAAGCAGCUUUGAACAUGGCUACCAAGAAUCUCAGCAUUGAACUUGGAAGAGGGAAAACUAAAGUGGUGUGUGUUUCUUUGCAUCCAGGAACUGUGAAUACCGAUUUAUCAAAGCCUUAUCACAGGAAUGUUCCCAAGGACAAACUGUUCACCCCAGAAUAUUCAGUUAAUUGUCUAAUGAAUAUUAUUGAGAACCUUGAUAUGGUGAAAACAGGAAAGUUCUUUGCUUGGGAUGGAUCUGCACUACCUUGUUUGAAAGGUGAUACAACAGUGCAGGACAGAUCUGGUCAAAUCAAAUCUAAUGGUGACGUCUGACAGUGAUGAAAACAGAACUCAGUGUGCAAAGCUGUGAACAUUAGCUCCAUUUUGGGCAAGUCUGCUGCAGACCUUCUCUUUCUCCCCACCUCUCUUUUUUUCCUCUUUUAUUGAUGGAUGCCAGAUUUAAAGGUUACUGGCUGCAGGGAACCCCCACCCCCUGCAUACAAACAGACACACCUCCCCUAAAAACUCAGGUGCUAACUGCAUUUUAAGUAUUUACCAUACAAUGAGAGCAUUAAUAAGAUUCUGAUUACAAUUUUGUCAUAGUUGCUCUGACUUAUUUUCACGUGUUAUAACAAAGAAGAAAGAUUGGCAAGUUUUAGUGAGAUGUUCAUGUUGUUCAAAUGUAACUCUCAGUACUUGGAUUGGGGAUGGACAAUGACAUCACAGGUUCAUAUUCAUUGGAGGCACAGGUACAUACUUAUUCUAAAAAUCAGGCCACUUACAGACUUAUGUGAAAUUGUUGCUGCACAGUACACAUGAGAUUGAGCCUAAUGAGACAAGAGAAUGACUGACAAAACUGUUAUAUAGAUCACUGAGCAGUACUCUUUACCCUGUGAACUUUGUCCAGCUCCAAGAGAUGUACUAGAAAGCAGAAAAUCAAACAACUGGUGACGCAGUGGAAGAUCACAUAAACUACGCCAAGCAAACUGUUUACAGUCCUUCUGUUUUGUUGUCCACAACCUGACUACUCAGAACUUUGAUCAUACUGGUGACAGCUAAAUCACAUCACACUUGUGUAUAUGCAAAAUAAAGAUAUGAAGAUCUUCUUGGGGUAUUAAAAACAGGACAACAAACAUUGAUGAAAAAUUGUGAGGGGGUUUCAGUGUGGUAGGCUCAGGGAGUCAGAACAAAAGAAAGUAACACAAAUGAGAAAUGUGAGGCAGCCUGCAGAAAUGAGACAUACAUAAAUCCUUGUUUCUGUUAUUGAACGCAAAGAGGGAGACAUUUACAAGGGCCCAUGUCAUGAACAUACUGUGUGUGACAUGGAAGAUAGCAUAGUCUGAGGAAAUGAAAGCAUUUGGUUGAUAGGAGAUCCUGAGCUUUAGGCCCAGCUCUGCCAUUGACUUGUUUUGUUCAGUUCACCGUUGCUUCAGUUUCCCCAUCUGUAACAUGAGAAUAAUGAUGAUUUUUCAUUUUUAUAAAAUAUUUUGAGAUCUAUGGACACAAAGUCCUAUAUCAGCAUUAAGCAUUAUUUAUUAUAAAGUCAGGAGGAUAUUACACACUCCUCAUAUUGCCCAUGAAGGCCACAUGUACACUAUGAUUGGAACCAAGCUAGGUAUAACCAGGUUUACACUUGGUUGGUAGGAGGAUUAUAGCAUAGAUUCUCUGAGCAGCAGAAACAAGGAUUAUAGCUUGGUUUCUCUGACCAGGGAAAAGCUUUUUCUGAAAAUUGUUUUAUAAAACUACACUAGAUUACCUAGGAAACUAAUCUCCAGUAUUGUCUAGCCUACAUGGUUGUCAGAAAACAGUGUUUUCGCUCCUUGAUCUGGGAAUCUAACCCCUACUAGCAACAGUGUUGUUUUAAACCCAGUGUUAUUUUCAUCUGUUUUGAUAUGCAGGAGGUAGUCCACUCCAAAAAUUGGUUUGUUGGUAUGUGUUCAUUUUGUUUAAGUAACUAGCUGGUAGGGACCAUAGGUGCUGGAACUACAGGUGUGGGGAUGCUUCCGGAUACCCUGGCUUGAAGUGGUAUCCAUCAUAUACAGGGUUUACAGUUUGGUUCAAUGUCUCUCAGCACCCGCACUAUACAAAUUGUUCCAGCAACCCUGGUAGGGACAUGAGGAAUGAAGAGUGGCAUAUUUAUAAUGUAGAGGCCAUAAAACCAACAAUGGCUCUUCUUGAUUGGCUCAGGAUUUCAUAGCCACCAUAUCAAUUGUGGGCCUAUUUCCUUCUGCUGCCUUUAUACAUGUAGGUGGGCAUAUUCUGGAUCUUGUGUUUAGGCUGGAUUUUGUGAUCGAAGAGGUGAAGACCACACUUUGUUAUGGUCAGAGCUUCUUCAGAUAGAGAUCAGAACUUGCCAUUUCUUCCUUCAGGGAAAAGGUCAUCAACAGAGAAUGAUUGAUCCAGCUAGGUUUCAGAUUUCUCUAAGGGAAAAUGUUGUGCAGCUGGUGGUUUAUUCAUAAUGCCUAGUAAGCCAUUAUGAUCAUCUGUUACUCUUAAUCAUUAAUAUAGUGGUCACUAAGCUCCAAUCAUUUUCCCAAGCCUUUAUAUGAAGGGACUGGUAUUUAUUUUCUCUCUCUUUUUUUUAUUUCCUCAUUAAAAUGAGAUGAUGUAUUUAAAAAAACAACUGUGUGCCUUGAAACCUUGGUACUGGGAGUAUUUUAUAAAUUGGCCAGAAAAAUAAAAAUAAAUUGAUGCCCAGUAUCCCUAGACAGAACAACCAGCCUGAAGAAAGUAUUUGUCUUGCUAUGUAUUAUUGUGAUUAAUUAGAGCUUGUGAUGUGAUAGGACAAUAAAAUCUGUUUUCAGUGGGCACAGAGAGAACUUUAAAACAAUAAAUUCCUCAGUGCAACAAAAAGAAAGCAUGAAUAGAGACAUAAUGCCUUUGCUUAGAGUGGUUGACUACAAGUAAUUCUAUAACCUCUGUCUCCAAGUUCCAUGUAAAAAUAAGGUAAGUCUCUCAGUGUAACAAAAUUAAAAGUUUGCCAGCACUAUUCAGAGCCAGGAGCUCCAGAAAUCUGAUUUGUUCCUAAGAAUGUAAAGGAUAAUCAAAGUAAAAAGUUAGCCCUAGACACAGUAUGUUCAAAAGAACUUUUUGUUCACAAUAAGUUCAAUGAUCCCUAUUGUAUUACAGAAAAAAUUUACAUUUUAUUCUAGGAGUCUUAGUAAGAAGAGUGUGACUUCAAAAUUGAUUUUCUCAGAAUAAAAAUGCAAGUUGCAUAUAUGCAGCAGAGGUCCUUGAAAUUAUUUUUAGCACAAUGUGUCUAGUGAUGAGAAAGAAGUCUGUACCUAUGUCUCUUUUUUUUGUUUCUGUCCCGAACACUUAAUCAGUGAAACACUAAAGUUUGGAAAUUCUCCU